AUGGUAGUUAUUAGCAUUAUCAACAUCCAAAGAAAGAAUUUUUCAACAAUCAAGAACUUGUUUGAAAAGCUAUUUUUAGAUAGCAAAAUUUUAGAUAAAAAAAAGAAUUGGAUUAAUUAUUGUUAAGAAGAAAGAGUUAACCAAGAUUUAACUUCUAUUAUGUUUGAUGUUGAAUUUAAUUCUCUCCCCCAAGUUAUUUAGGUUCUUUUGAAGAAUAGAGUCUAAUUUAUCAACCAUGAUAAGCAAUAAUAAAUUGAAAUUGGAGUUAAUGCAAAUACUAUAAAGUUCUUAGGCAUCAAAUAAGAAGACAAAGAGCUUGUUUUAAAUGGCUUAAAAGGAUACAAAAAUGAGUCUGCUAUAAAUUCUAAUGACCUAGAAUUGAAGUUUGAUACAUGCUAACAAUAAGCUUAAGCUUUAGAAGCAAUGCUCAACUUUAUUUAAAUAGAAGACUAUACCCUUCAAUCAGUUUUCCUUCUUGACUUAAGCUCUACUAUUAACCAAAUAGAGCUAGAAAACACUUUAACUAGAAUAUAAUCUAAAUUUGAUUUAGCAAAUACCUCUAAAGUACAAAGUGAUAAUUAAAAUAAUUGCAAUGUACAACUCAAUAGAAAAAGAAAGGCAUCUGAUUCAUAAACAGAAGAAAUUAGUAAAUUAUACGAAAAAAAGAAGGAAAGUAAAGUAGAAAAAUAAGAAUCAUCUUUAUUUACUAAAAAGGAUUUCCUUCAAAUGAUAUUACUAAUUGUUUUGAUUGGAAUGGUAUCCUGUGUAGUGAAAGGUAAAAAGAUAUUCUGA